AUGGAUAUCACACAGUUUGCAACCUAUGAAGACUUUUUGGACAGUCAAGUGCAGCCCAUUGACCUCUACUAUCUCGAGGAUGAGGAGGUGGUUCGGCAACUCGUCGAGCUCGGCUUCCGCGGCACUGGCGAGGUGGUAAAGCGCGAAGAAUUUGAAGCCAAGAAGCGCGAGGCCGAGUUGCUGCGACAACAGCAGCGCAACAAGGGCAAAUUAGUCUUGGUCGGUGAAAAGUUUCACGACUUGAGUCCUUUUUUGGAGGCUUUGGCGCAACGUGAGGAAGCACACCGUACCGGCAAGAUGAUGAGCAUUGUCUUUAUCCGUGACCGGAAUGCGCAAGGCCAAGAGGUUUCAGGCUACAUUGACCUGGCUGCCCGCUUCAAGAAUGAGGCUUUUGAGCAGUAUUUUUCGGGCAAGAAGAAGUUGAUUCCCAAGCCAACUGACUUGAGUUUCUACAACUGGAGCACGGGCUCGGCAUACGCAUCAAGCUCGGAACAUUAUCAAGUAACCACAGACAACGAUGCCAGCGUGGCGUUCAAGAACAAGCGGGAUCGCAAGAUGGUCUUUGUUGACCCGGCUCGGGUUACCCCGGGUGAUAACAGCAGUCGUACAGCCCUGCACACGGAUGAAUACAUGCAGGUGGUCUUUUACGACCACGUCACUCGCAUCACAGCUUAA